UACUCGCAAGUGUUUCAGUAAACAGAGACCAUUCCUGAAAGGCUUUCUUUCAGGUACAUUAUAUUCCUGUUCCAAAAGCCAUAGAGCAUACACAAAAUAUUUCUUCCACCAGUAUUACUUGUGGACACCUGGCUGGUACCUCCAGCGUGAAUGGGCUUGUAAAUGUGGGGACAGUGCGCUCCUUGUAGCGCAAACACCGUCCUGCUUUAGGUGGUGAGGGAUGGCUAAUAACGUCCACAUGAGUGGGCUGCUGAGCCGCCACGAUGAUGAAGCCACAAGGACAUCGACGUCGGAGGGCCUGGAAGAGGGCGAGGUGGAAGGAGAAACCCUCCUGAUCGUGGAGUCUGAAGACCAGGCCUCGGUGGAUUUAUCCCACGACCAGAGCGGAGACUCGCUGAACAGCGACGAGGGCGACGCGUCCUGGAUGGAGGAGAUGUCCUACUACUGCGAAAAAUGCCAGAAGUGGAUUCCGGCAAGUCAAGUGAGAGAACAGCUCAGCUACCUCAAAGGAGACAACUUUUUCAGAUUUACUUGCUCGGAUUGCUCAGAAGAUGGGAAGGAGCAGUUUGAACGGCUGAGAUUAACGUGGCAACAAGUUGUUAUGCUGGCAAUGUACAAUUUGUCUCUGGAAGGAACCGGCCGUCAAGGGUACUUCAGAUGGAAAGAAGACAUUUGUGCUUUCAUUGAGAAACACUGGACUUUCUUGUUAGGAAACAGGAAAAAGACCUCGACAUGGUGGAGCACAGUUGCUGGCUGUCUCUCUGUGGGGAGCCCCUUGUUCUUCCGCUCAGGGGCCCAGGAAUUUGGAGAACCAGGGUGGUGGAAACUGGUUCAUAAUAAACCCCCAACAAUGAAGCCUGAGGGAGAGAAGCUGUCUGCAUCUGCACUAAAGGCAAAAGCAGCUUCAAAGCCACCUCUGGAUCCCAUCAUUACCGUGGAAGGCCUCAGGAAACGAGUGAGCCGCAAUCCAGUCGAAUCAGCCAUGGAGCUGAAGGAGAAGAGAUCUCGCACUCAGGAAGCCAAGGAUAUUCGGCGAGCCCAGAAGGAGGCAGCUGGCUUCCUGGACCGCAGUACUUCCUCCACUCCUGUUAAAUUCACCAGUCGAGGCCGUCGUCCCGAUAUCGUCCUUGAGAAAGGCGAGGUGAUUGACUUUUCCUCCUUGAGCUCUUCAGACCGCACGCCUCUGACAAGCCCUUCUCCUUCCCCAUCUCUGGACUUCUCUGCUCCCGGCACUCCAGCCUCGCAUUCAGCCACUCCUAGCCUUCUCUCAGAAGCGGAUCUCAUCCCAGACGUCAUGCCGCCACAGGCUCUGUUUCAUGAUGACGAGGAGAUGGAAGGGGAUGGAGUCAUAGACCCGGGAAUAGAGUACGUUCCCCCUCCCAGUGGGACCGCUGGUGCUGGGACUGUGAUAGCGGGCAGAAAAAAAGUGAAGACAGCUGAGCAGAUCAAGCAAGAGGUGGAGAGUGAAGAAGAAAAAACAGAAAGGAUGGAAGGUGACAGUGAGGAUCCUGAAGAGUCAAACGCAUCGCUGCAGGUGCGGGGGCGAGACAAGAGGAAACCACACGUGGAGAAGGAUGCUAAACCCCGAGCUCCCAAGCAUACCUCUGUUAGUAUUUAUGAGGAAAAGCUGCUGCUGAAGAGAUUGGAAGCCUGUCCCAAUGCCAUGAGCAUGACCCCAGAGGCCCGGAGACUGAGGCGCAAGCUGAUAGUGAGGCAGGCCAAGAGGGAAAGAGGGCUGCCACUCUUUGACUUGGACCAGGUCGUGAAUGCUGCGCUGCUCUUGGUUGAUGGGAUUUAUGGAGCCAAAGAAGGAGGUGUUUCCAGGUCCCCGGUAGGGCAAGCGACAUACAGAACUACUAGUCAGGACUUCAGGAUCUUGGACAGAUACCAGACGAUGCUGCCUGCCAUGAAGGGAUAUCGACAGCAGACAACGAAGUUUCUGUAUCGAUUGGUAGGCUCAGAAGACCUCCUGACAGACCACAGCAUUGUCAGCCCUUACACAUCCCGUGUCCUGAAACCUUAUAUCAGGCGUGAUUAUGAGACAAAGCCCCCAAAACUCAGGCUGCUGGCAGAAAUCCGGGCGCAUCCACACAGGAAUAAUCUUCACUGGAAGGCUGAGCCAGAAGCACCUGUUGAUUACUGCUACGUUCGCCCUAAUCACAUCCCCACUAUAAACUCCAUGUGCCACGAAUUCUUCUGGCCUGGAAUUGAUUUGUCAGAAUGCCUACAGUAUCCAGACUUCAGUGUUGUUGUCCUUUACAAAAAAGUUAUUAUUGCCUUUGGCUUUAUGGUGCCAGAUGUGAAAUACAAUGAAGCUUACAUCUCUUUUCUGUUUGUUCACCCUGAGUGGAGGAGAGCUGGAAUUGCAACCUUCAUGAUUUAUCAUCUUAUUCAGACCUGCAUGGGCAAAGACGUAACCCUUCACGUCUCUGCAAGCAACCCUGCUAUGCUGCUCUACCAAAAAUUUGGAUUUAAGACUGAAGAAUACAUUUUGGAUUUCUAUGACAAAUAUUAUCCCUUGGACAGCAAGGAGUGCAAGCAUGCGUUCUUUCUCAGACUGCGGCGCUGAUCUGUCCGAGCUGUUGGGGAGAACGUGUGAGAAGCCCAGCCUUUCGAGCAUGGCUUUCAGCAGAGGAUGUUGGCUGUCACGUGAGAGCUGGAACACACCUAUGCCUUUUUCCCUAGGACUUCUAACAUCAGCAGUGCUGUAUUGUGUGCUGAAAGUGCAAUCCAAAGGGAUUGAUUCACACUGUCCAAGGGAGAGGCCUGGAAAUGCCAACUGGGACAUGCUGAAGCCACUGGAAGACUGAUAUUCUUAUGGGGAGCUUUUCUGACACUGUUACUUUGGAGAGCCCCACUGAUUUAAAACAAAAAACCCAAACCAACUGUUCAUUUCAGAGGGGCCCCAUGGAUUUCAAAUUUUGAAACCUAUCCAAAGUUGCAGGCUUUUUUGUUUCUGUUUUCGUUUAUGGAAAAUGAACAUCUAAACUUAAAUCAUCUGCAGUGUUUCUGUGAUUUGAUUGCUCUGUUAGGAACGGUGUCUUGAAUUCAUGAAGGGGAAUGCGUAUUGGUGCAUAUAGCUGUAUGCUGACUUUAGGAAAGCUCUACACAGGCCAGAACAGCAAUACUGGAACCAUGUUUUAGGAAUAAUGAAGUGUGUGUGAACUCAUGUGAUCCUGAGUGAAAGGCUCAGAGGAGAUAUCUUUGUUCUGUCCCUUCCCUGCGGCCUUCCUUCCACCCCAUUGCCCCUGUGCUCAAUGUGAAGUUCUUGUAGUGCGCAGUGUUUUGUGUUCAGGAACAAGAUGUCAAGUAGGCUCGUAGCUAGGUGAGGGAGGACACAACAGCUGCCAAAUCAGCUCUUUGAAAUCGUGCAGCCUAUCUGCCAGUUGUUGAUGCUGCAGAUCAGCCCUUUGGGCACACCUCUAACCACAGAGCCAGCCUCGCAGGCUCCAGCCAGCACCCACCUCCUCCUGCUACAGACAGAAAAGUCGGUGGUGAGGUUUGAAACGCAGGCUCUAGUUAGUAGAAGCAACCUGUGUGCAGCUGGGAGGGGGCGGAGGGCAGAGGUGAGCUUGUGCCAGUUCUUGGAAGCAUCUAGGUGGUGAUUUCACAGUAAUGUGAGAGAGCAAAAAAAGUAAAGAGGAGAGAGAAAAAAAAAA